AUGUCUGAGAUCCCUGGCAAUAUCAAGGUACUCGCUGGAACCCUUGGAGGCGUAUUGGAAGAUACUGUGUUGUCCAACGAGCAAUCCCAUGGUCAACAUGUUGUGAUCGAGUCACCACAAGAAGCCCCAUGGCAUCAUCGUGUGUCGUCGACCGAUCUGACGGGAGGCGUCACCUACGAAUGGUUGAAAGAUGUGACGUCUCGGUUGACCACACUGGAGCACAGUCAGCCAAAAGAUGAGCGCAAGAUAGAACAUACGAAAGACGAGAUGGAAAUGACCGAAUUGAUGAAAACCGAGCCCAAGGUGAGAGAUUGUAACUGGGAACAGUUCAAGAAUCGCUACUCUUCCGAGGAAUGUACCUAUGCCAUUGAGGUUCUCCUUGCUGGAGUUGACCUGGAUGGCGAAAUGGAGGAAGAGCAGCUGAGACGGUUGCCAACGGAAAAGAGGAAGAAGAUCAUUGAAUCGAAUCGAAAGAAGCCAGCCAGAAGGCUUCAAGCAGAUAAGAGACCCGAUAGUCAACGCCUGGAGCGUGUUCGCAUUAACUCACCAGCCAUCUUGUCUUUUCUCGGUGGGGUAACUGGGGAGACCUCUUGGGCUGAAAAGCCUCACACAUUCUUGAGACCUUUCAAGAUCUUGAUUCACUUUCAUGACCGACUUGAAGAUGAGUUUGACAAGCUCAAGGUAAAAUUCGAAGUCGUUGGUCAGCCUGAACUAGAGCCGACAGAAGGUGGCGUUGAAGCGGCUCAAACAAGGCCAGCAGAGGUCCCAUCGACAUCACUCCGAAAAGAAUUGCGCCCAGGUUUGGAAAAGGACGACUUGUCAAGCGAAGGGCUAGCUGUUUCGGCCAAGUUUCCGAAACUUCCUGCCGAGUCAACUACAGGGGAGCCACUGAUGGAACGUGGUAGCUUGCAGAGCAAACCAGCUCCCCUCCCUGUGGAGGAGGUGACUGAAUCUGGGUACAAGGAGAUCAAGUGCUAUAUGGAGUUCGCCAGGUCCAGGAUUCUCCCAAACUAUCGCAAGUUCGAGGGAAAGGAUCACAGCCAGCGUGUCAGAGUACGCUUCGAUGAUCUCUGGUCGCUGUUCCGCCCAGGAGACCUCGUCUUUACACGCGAAGACUCCAAAACCAACUCCUCCACCACUGAUGCCGAGAAGCAUCGUUCACCCCCCGGGCGGCAGAAGGGCCGGAGGUUGGGGAGACUACACUUUGUUGAUACAGACACGGUGGACUGGACUGUCGGUAACCUCGACGCCGAGAACGGGGACUUUCGCCGUAACACGCUACAAAAGGAUGAUCAACUCAUACUCAGAGCCUACUACCUGGACUAUGACGGCGUCUCGUACGCGGCCGUUUCGCGCCAAUGGAACAUCUUACGCUUCGAUGGUGAAAAAGAAGUCACCAAGCUUGACCUUUUCCCGGUGAGGUUUGAGAAGGACUUUGAAAACACUUUGUCCAAGCUAGUGGAAUCAGGAGAGAGGUUCCAAAAGCUAUUGCUCUCGAAAGAACCGUCUAUUCAACACGAGGGUUGGACACUUACGCACGACCCCGCCGGCACGCGAUUGGCCAACCUUCUCGGUCGCCCGUUGACGGCCGAAUACAUUGAGAGCGAUGUCAUCAUCGACUUCCAGGAAACCUACCAAAAGAAUCCGAUGUGGAAGCCGGCAUUUAUAUCCUAUUCCAAAUCCCCGUUUGAUCCAGAUACGACUUAUGAUGAAUUCGCAAUCAUACGGUGGUCUGGGCCAGACCGUUCCAGAAUAUCCUCAAAGCUUACAGAAGUUGUCGUCUCAUUCGAUGAUGCGGGCUCAUUGAGAUGGAACAAAUUUGCCGACUCCGACAAUUUCAUCGUUGACCCCGAUAUCAAGCCCCCAGAGAGUCGUGACGCCAAGCAUCAGUUGACUGGUGAAGACCUCGCACUCUUGCCCUCGAGAAUGUUUGUCUACUCGUUGAGGAACCGCAAGUUUAUCAAUGCCGAUAUUCAGAACCUGAAGCCCAGCGAAGUCAUGUCAGAUCCUUUCAGCGACCUCAAGAUCGAGGAGUCUCAUAAGCGAUUGAUCAGAUCCGUCGUACAGGACCACUUUGACAAGAAGUUGAUGCAGCGGCAGCUGCGAGCACGGGACAUUGAGCCACUAGAGCAGGACUUUAUCCGUGGCAAGGGUAAGGGGCUUGUGAUCUUACUCCAUGGUGCCCCUGGGGUGGGAAAGACUGCUACAGCGGAAGCAGUCGCCUCGGCGCACCGGAAGCCUCUGUUUCCCAUCACUUGUGGUGAUCUAGGUGUUGAUCCUCGGCAAGUUGAGUCCACCCUGUCGGAAAUAUUCCGCCUGGCGAAUCUGUGGGAUUGCAUUCUUUUUCUUGAUGAAGCUGAGAUCUUUCUAUCCCGUAGGGAGAAGAAGGAUGAUAACCUUCAGAGAAACGCCCUUGUCUCGAAUGAAGCCCUCAAUUCACGUGUGCACGUGAGCAUCUACUUCCGUCACCUCGACCGCCAACAGACCAUGGCCCUGUUCAAGAUGAACCUAAAGCGCUCAGAGAUGAUUGCAGAACAGAGGGCUACGAGUACCAAGGAGCCCCCGCUGCGUAUCAUGGCAGAGGACAUCAAAGAGUUCGCUCUCGAAAACUUUUACAAAAACGCCGAAGCACCGGGCGGGCUGGGUACGUGGUGGAAUGGACGUCAGAUCCGCAAUGCCUUCCAGAUCGCCACGUCGCUUGCGUAUGCCGACGCGAGAGACCAAAAGGAUGAUGAGAAGAAGUAUCUUGGACGAGAGCAUUUUGAGCAGGUCCUCCAGGCCAUGGAGGAAUACACUCAGUAUCGCCAGGACCUGUUGCACAAGACAGACGACGACCUGGCUGCAGACCGUGAGGAACGCUACCUACGAGUCGGUGGUGACAGCGCCGGGCGACGAGAGAGUCCACGUCACGGGCCUAUAUACUCAGACUAUUCGAGGCCUCGGGCGUUCCACCAUCAGCGCCCAUCCUAUCCGGCCUCCCCCUCAAGUGCCAGGGCAUUUGCUGGCCGAGAUGCUGAGUACGCGAGACAAGACCCUGAUUCUCCGACGCCACAGAGACAAGAGCCAUUCUUGUCUCCUGGAGCGUAUCCUCCAAGCGCAAUCGUGCUUGACAAUGCAUGUGGAACCGGCAUCGUGGCUGAGGAAAUCAUGCUGCGUGCUCGCCGAUCAAACGCAAAUGUGCCCAAGAUUUACGCCGUCGAUCCUGCUCCCAAUAUGGUCGAUAUCUCUCGCAAGAAGCUUGAUGCCCUUGGAGUAUCUGCAGCUUCAAGCGCCGCUGUGAUGCCCAGCGAAAAGCUGGAGUUCCAGGAUGAGACGUUUACCCACAGCAUCACAAACCUGGGCAUCCUCUUCUUCACAGAUGGAGACGCUGGGGCCAAGGAGAUAUAUUGCACUCUGAGGCCUGGUGGUGUUGCUGUGGUUACUUCUUGGGCUGUUCUCGGCUAUCUAGAGGUCAUUCGCCCAGCCCAGAGUGCUGUGCGGCCAGGCAAUCCACCAUUCAAGCUACCCAUUCCAGAGACAUGGUUUGAUUCGGCUUUUGUUGAAAAGUGCCUGAAAGACGGCGGGUUUGAAAAUAUCACCGUUUCUGAAAGUAUUGUUCACUACGGCGCACCAUCUGAGGAGGACUUGCUGGGCCUGAUCCUGAACUCGUUCAAGAUGCUUUGGAAGGACUGGUCGGAAGAGGACCAGAACAAAUUUCGUCAAGUGGCUCGUGAGAAGAUCGACGAGGCAUCGUGUUCCUAUACUAUGAAUGAUGGGAGUCAGGGCGUGGGUCUUCCCAUGACGGCUAUUGUUGCGGUCUGCCAGAAGUGA